UUAAGAGAUCUUAAAUUCCUUAAUGCCAGAGUCUUUCCCCAUGAAUGGUAGUAAUGGUGUAUAUAGCUACAACAAAAACUCCUCAUUGCAGGUAAAUAUAUAUAUAUAUAUAUAUAUAUAUAUAUAUAUAUAUAUAUAUAUAAUGUAUUUAACACUAAGUUUAUAUAUAGUGUGAUUACGAGGUCACGAGCUCAAGUUUUAGAAACAGCCUCAAGCAGAAAUGCAAGGUAAGGCUGCAUAACAGACUCUUGUGUUUUGGUCCUUCUCUGGACAGUUUAUAUCGUGUGAUCACGAGGUCACGGGUUCAAGUCGUACAAACAGCCUCAAAGAAGAAAUGCAAGGUAAGGCUGCGUAACAGACUCUUGUGGCCUGGUCCUUCUCGGACAGUUUAUAUCGUGUGAUCACGAGUUUAAGUCGUAGAAACAGCCUCAAGCAGAAAUACAAGGUAAGGCUGCAUAACAGUGGUCUGGUUCUUCUCCGGACCUCGCACAUAUCGGAAACUUUAGUGCACUGAAAUUUUUGACUUCACCGCCACUAUAUGAUUAUGACCUUAACUAGGAGGAAGUUAGAAACAGCCUCAAGCAGAAAUGCAAGGUAAGGCUACAUAACGGACUCUUAUGGUCUGAUUCUUCUCCAGACCUCGCACAUACCAGAAGCUUUAGUGCACUGAAAUUUCUAACUUCACCACCGCUAUAUGAUUAUGACAUUAGCUAGGAGGAAGUUAUUUCAAUGGUUAACUUUUCACAUACUAUUUUUUUUUUGUGGUUGUUGUAGAGAAGUGUUGCAAAUAGUGUAAAAGUGAUGCUUAGAGAAGCAAUUAUUGAAAAUCUUGAUGUACAAACCAAAACAUUUGUUAUUGUAGACAUGGGAUGUUCAGUUGGACCAAACACAUUUUUUGCAAUGCAAAAUGUUGUACAAGCCAUAAAACAUAAGUACCAUUCUACAAGUCCUGAAUUUGAAUUUCUUGUUUUCUUCAAUGAUCAUGUCAAGAACAACUUCAAUAUCCUAUUCGAUUCGCUAUUUCCGAUCAUCAGAAGACAUAUUUUCGCAGCUGCAAUUCCCGGUUCUUUCUAUGGCCGAUUGUUCCCCUCGCGCUCUAUUCAUGUCGCGUAUUCUUGUUACGCGUUACAUUGGUUGUCUGUGGCACCAAAGGGGUUGAUAGAUAUGAAGAAUAAAAGAAGAAUUCACUAUGAUGGUGCUUCUAUUGAUGUAUGGAAUGCAUAUUUUGAUCAAUUUGAAAAGGACAUGGGAGUAUUCUUGAGUGCAAGGGCAAAUGAGAUGGUUCAUGGAGGCUUAAUUGUUGUUAUUUUGCCAGCUCUUCCAAGUGAACAAUACUACAAAAUUGGAUAUAAGUUGUUCACAUUUCUUGAGUCUAGUCUUAUUGAUAUGGUCAAUGAGGGUAUUUUAGAGGAAUUUCUAGUUGACUCAUUCAAUUUGCCAUUGUAUUUUCCCUCUGAUGAAGACAUGACUAAAGUGGUUGAGAAAAAUGGAUGUUUUAGCAUAGAGAGAAUGGAAAUGACAUGUUUUCAAUCUACCAUUGAUGCAAAAAGUCACAUAAGACAUCAUAGAGCUGGUUUAGAAAAAGUAUUCAACAAACAUUUUGGAAGUAAAAUUACAGAUGAAAUGUUUGAGAGGAGUUUGGCAAAUACUAAUGAGCUUUCUGCAUGGUUGGAAACUGAAUACUCCAAGACUACAAGGCAGUUGUUCAUGGUUUUGAAAUGUAAAAAUUAAUAACUUUGUAAUAAAGGUGGUCCAUCAAUUGCUUUUGGGUGCUAUCCCUGGUGUUCUUUCCGAUCUUGCGAUGAGCUUUAGUCGUUUCGUUGCAGAAGAAGCAGUUACGAAGUAGCCGUUCUUUGUUGGAAUCUAUCGUACGAGAUGUCCAGUGUUAUGAGGAACGUUGGGACUUCACUUUACCUUUUUUGUUUUUAUGCUUUUAUACUGCUAUUCGUUCUGAGUCGGGGGAGUCUAUUGGAAACCGUCUUUCUCUCUUUACUUUAUUUGAGGCAGUGUUAUGGACUGCAUACACUUUAUUUCGUGGGAACACACUGAAUAUAUUGUUGUAUCAACUGCUUUAAAUAAAUUUGGUUUCAACC